UUGAUCACGAAGCCAAUAGUGACUUUGAAUUCCCCCGUAGUUGCAACAGAUAGAGGGGGCCUGUCGACGACCGCUAUGGUGAAGAUCCAACUGCUCGAUAUCAACGACAACGUUCCCGCAUUUGCUGUUAAGGACUACAACGUAUCUUUAAAAGAGGGAAGGGUAACCUCAAAUGAACCGAUAGUCGCAGUUACGGCCACCGAUGCUGAUUCUGGAAGAUUUGGAACAGUCACUUAUAGAAUAAUCAAUGGAAAUGAUAACGACGUGUUUAGAAUAGACAGAAGCACAGGAGAGAUAUUUGUGACAAAACCUGCUUUGAUACAAGCAAACGGAAGAUUUAAUUUAGAAAUAUCAGCCACCGAUGGCGGUGGACUCGCUGCUCCUCAAAAUGCGAUGGUUCAUGUGAACGUCAUGCCCACUGGUGUUGGAUCAGCGUUAUUCGAUAAACCCAGAUACAAUUUCCGAGUCAGAGAAGACGUUAGAAGCGGCACCAUGGUUGGAAAUUUGAAAGCUACAGCUGGAGGAAAACAACUCGUCCGAUACAGCAUAGUCUCCGGUGAUCCUGAUCACCAUUUCAGCAUUGAGCCCCAUACGGGAGCCAUAAGAACAGCGACGCAAAUGGACCGCGAAGUAACCUCUUCGUACCUUUUGAAUGUUCAAGCAGCCAAUGGAAAUCCAGCUACUUACGAUCAGACCCAGGUCCAAAUAACACUUGAGGAUGUCAAUGAUAAUACUCCGGAGUUUGGAACAUCUUCAGUAAAAGUUUCAGUAGCUGAGUCAGCAGCUAUUGGUUCCGUAGUUUAUGCAGCAAGAGCUACGGAUGAAGACGAUGGGAAAAACGGACAGAUCACUUACAAUCUUCUAUCUGCCACCGGGCCGCCUAAUACCUUUGCUGUUAAUUCGCAACAUGGAUUAGUUACUCUCUUAAGACCAUUGGAUUACGAGAAUCAGGUCAAACAUACGUUGAUCAUCACAGCCAAGGAUGGCGGUACCCCAUCUCUUAGUGCCAAUUUGACUUUGGUAGUGGAUGUACAAGAUGUGAAUGAUAAUGCACCAGUUUUCGAACAUGAUUCGUACAGCGCUAAUGUGCUGGAAUCGGAAGCCGUGAAAGCAAAGAUACUGGAAAUUCAGGCUAUAGAUAAAGACACUGGCAACAAUGCUCGCAUAACAUAUAAGAUAAUAUCAGAAAAUAAUACAAAUGAAGAACAUUUCAAUGUCCAACCUACAACGGGCUGGAUAUACCUUGCCAAACCUCUUGAUAGAGAGACAACGUCUCGACACAGGAUGACUGUAAUUGCUACUGAUAAUGGUAUACCAUCACUUUCAGCCAGUGCUAGUCUGAUUGUGAACGUUAUUGAUGCGAAUGAUAAUGAUCCAGUAUUCACAAAAGCUCUGUAUGAGUUUCAAGUGGAGGAAAAUCAUGAAAUAGGAGCAUUUGUGGGCAAGAUAUCUGCUACCGAUGCGGAUUUAGGUGACAAUGCUGUUAUAAGAUACAGCCUUUUCCCUUCAAAUACUAGCUUCACUGUCAAUCCUAUCUCUGGUAUAAUAACCACACGAGAAAUUUUGGACAGAGAAUUCAAAUCAUCUCACUCCUUGUUUGCUGAAGCGAGAGAUCAAGGUAACUUACCCAGAUCAAACAGAGUUCCCGUUGCUAUCCAAGUCACGGAUGUGAAUGAUAAUUCGCCAGAAAUUAUUGAUCCAAGAGAAGAUGUCGUCAGCGUUAGAGAAGAACAGCAACCAGGCGCCGAAGUCGCUAGAAUAAAGGCUAUAGAUAAAGAUAAUGGUAUUAAUUCCACAAUAUCAUACUCAAUUUUAAAUGAAAGGGAUAUGGAUGGUUACGGCGUUUUUGUUAUUGAUACUUUUACUGGAAUUAUAAAAACUAGUACAACUUUAGACCACGAAGAGAGAUCGAUAUAUCGUUUAACAGUGGCAGCCACGGAUGGUGGCAAACCACCGAGACAAAGUGUGAGACAGUUGAAAGUUGAAGUUUUAGACUUAAAUGACAACAGACCUACAUUUACCAGUUCGAGUUUAUCCUUCAAAGUGAAAGAAAACUCCAAAAUUGGUCAUAUAGUCGGUACAGUGGCAUGCUGUGAUAGUGAUAUACAAGAUAAUUUAGUGAACUUUAAUGAAAGACAAAUUUCAUAUCUUCUCAUGCCAAUAACAUUAGAUCAUUCGCCAGGGACUUUUGAAAUAGAUCGCCGAACCGGUUCAUUAGUUGUAGCAAGGCAACUAGAUAGAGAAAUACAAGAAGAAUACAGACUAGAAGUGAGAGCGUUAGAUACGUCAGCUACAAAUAAUCCACAAAGCAGCGCUGUCACCGUAAAGAUAGAAAUAAUUGAUGUUAAUGACAACGCACCUCAAUGGCCUCAGGAUCCUAUCAAUAUAGAAGUUUCGGAGAUGGCACCUGUUGGAAUGAUUAUAUAUAAUUUUACAGCCAAGGAUGCGGAUUUUGGAAUUAAUGGCGAAAUAAAUUUUCGUAUAAUUUCUUCUUUACCAUCGACCAAAAAUGUUUUUAUUUUAGAUACUUUAACGGGUACUCUGACAUUAACUUCACCUCUUGAUUUUGAGGAAAUAAAGGAUUAUUGGUUAGUUGUUCAAGCUACAGAUUUGGCUUCAAACCUCACAGAAAGAAGGACCACUUUAGCUACAGUACAUAUUAAAGUAACAGAUGCGAACGAUAAUGUUCCUAAUUUUGUAUCAAUAAAUCAAAUAUCAGUUACUUUAAAUACAUUAUCAGGCAUAUUGUAUCAGGCGUUAGCUGUGGACACAGACUCAGGGGACAAUGGCAGAAUAUCGUAUUACAUUUCUAGCGGCAACGACGAUUCUUAUUUUUCAAUGGAUUACGAUACAGGGAAGCUAAUCUUAUCAAAUCAAUUCUCUGGGGAUCCAUCUAAAAUUCGCCCUGGUCAGUACAAGCUUAAUCUUACAGCAUCUGACCACGGGAUUCCUUUUCCUCGACAAAAUCAUAUGACUCUUCUAUUAAAUAUACGAGCGUCUACAAAUAUCCCACCAAGAUUUACGGAUUCAAUUUAUAGAGCUAACAUUAGUGAAGAUAUACGUCCUGGCAGUUUUGUGACUAGGCUAAAUGCUAAGUCAUCUAGAGGAAAUGCAGGAAAUCUUACUUAUGUGAUUCCACCAGGAUUAGCUGAAAAUAAAUUUACUAUUGAUGAACGUCUUGGCACAGUAACAGUGAAAUCGAAAAUAGACAGGGAGGUGACGGACCAAUACAUUUUUCCAGUCUAUGUAACCGAUUCCAGCACUUUUCAGUCUACGACAAACUUUGAUGUAGCCACAGUCUCAAUAAGUGUUUUAGACGUAAACGAUAACCCACCAACUUUCAAAGCUGGUUCAUGUUAUCCUUUAACAGUUCCUGAAAAUAACGAACCUGAAGUUAUUCAUACUUUUACAGCAACAGAUAAAGAUAUUGGUGCAAACGGAGUAAUAACCUAUAGCAUAAUAUCGGGAAAUAACGGAAACAAGUUCUCUAUAGAUUCAACCUCUGGAAAACUAACGGCUAAAGCACUAGACCGUGAAACUCAAUCAAAGUAUGAUUUAACAAUUGCUGCAUAUGACCACGGUUCACCAAUAGCUUUACAAGGUUCAUGCAACCUCACAAUUUUGGUUGAAGAUCAGAAUGAUAACGACCCGGUCUUUGAUACCGGUCAUUACUCAGCUGCUAUCCCUGAGGAUGCACCUAUUGAUACAUCUAUUAUCAAAGUGAGAGCUACGGAUGCUGAUUUAGGUUUUAAUAAGCGUAUUGUUUAUUCUUUAGCAAAUGAGAGUCAAGGCCUAUUCAGAAUAGACAAUAAAACAGGAAUUAUAUUUACAACCGGAUAUUUCGAUAGAGAGAAAAAUAGUAUUUAUCAUUUCGAGGCUGUCGCUACAGAUCAAGGUCGUUAUGUUGCGCGCUCACAAAGAGUGUCUAUCGAGAUUACAAUAAGUGAUGUAAAUGACAACAAACCUAUUUUUUCAAAAUACCCAUUCAGGGAACAAAUAGCUACACUGACACCACCAGGACAAAGCUUACUUCGUGUUUUUGCUACGGAUAAUGAUAUAGGAACUAACGCUGAAAUCAUAUUUGAACUUUUAGAUACGGCUAAUAAUCGCUUUCGAAUCAAUCCUACAACAGGUGUGCUGACAGCAACUCAGAGUUUAGCGAGUGAAAAUGGAAAUUUUAUUCACUUACGUGUGAUGGCAAAGGAUAAAGGGAAUCCUCCACAAAGCUCAGUAGGACUCAUUGAAAUUCGUGUUGGUGAUUUAAGUGAUCAAUCACCCACGUUGCACUUUCAAAAUACAACAUAUAACAUUACAAUUGAAGAAAACCUUCCUUAUGGUAAAGAAGUAUUACAAGUGACAGCGUUAAGGACUGACGGACGGCGUCAAAGAAUUAUUUACGAAUUUGGAAACGGAAACGAUCAGUACGCUUUUGAAAUAGAUUCAUACACAGGAGUCAUAAGAGUCAACAAUUCAGUAAAUUUGGAUUACGAAUCUUAUUCAGGUCCAAGACGAAAACUCGUAAUAGUUGCUAGAACAGAAGGCUUGCCUAGUUUGUACGCGUACUGCGACUUGAUUGUUAAUCUAAUAGACCAAAAUGAUCACGCUCCCAGAUUCACGCAACAACAGUACAUAGCUAAUGUACUUGAAGGGAAUACUAAAGGAGAAUUCGUUGUGCAACUAGCUGCAAAGGACGAUGAUCGUGGAGCUAACGCCAGGAUUCUGUAUCACAUUGUGGACGGGAAUCACGACAAUGCUUUCAUAAUAGAACCAGCUUUUUCUGGAUCAGUCAAAACAAACAUAGUGCUGGACCGUGAAAUAAGAGAAAUGUAUAAGUUGACUGUUAUUGCUACAGACGAAGGUGAUCCACAAAUGACUGGCACAGCUACUUUAAGAAUAAACGUUGUCGAUGUUAAUGACAACCAGCCGACGUUCCCGCUACCAAAUAUCAUCUCAGUAUCUGAAGGAGCGGAAGUUGGAUCGAUACUGACAUCUGUUACUGCAAAUGACGUUGACACAUAUCCUGCCCUUAAGUACUCCAUUGUUCAAGGGGACAAUACGUUUUCAAUAGACAGAUAUAGUGGAAAGAUUGUACUCAAUAAACCUUUAGACUUCGAAACGAAAAAACAAUAUGAGGUGAACAUCACUGCCUCCGAUACCGAACAUGUAGCUAAAACUACUUUAACGAUCAAGAUUACUGAUAUCAACGAUAAUAAUCCAAUUUUUGAUGAAAUUUCUUACAACAGAGUGUUGCCAGAGGGUACUGGUACGCUUGAAAUCGGUAGAGUUAACGCCAGGGACAAAGACAGCGGUGAUAAUGGACAAGUUAGUUAUUCAUUCCUCCGGCCGAGCGAGGGAUACUAUAUAGACACGGCAACUGGGGCUAUAUACGUGAACUACAGUGCGCUGCCGAGCAAUCAACGGGACGCACAGCUGGCAGUGGUAGCUACGGACAAUGGAAAGCCUAAUAGAAGUGCUAUAGCUUCUGUUCGGAUAAGCACAGGAGCUUCGUCCGAGAUCAAACCAUUCAUUGGACAAGAUACAUAUAGAAUAACUAUUAACGAAGAUACGGAGAAAGGGUCGUCGCUGCUGCAAAUAGGUGGAAUCAACGAUGUACUUAAGAAAUAUAAUCUUGAUUUUCAUAUAAUCUCUGGAAACGACGGGGAUGUCUUUGAUAUGACCAUAGAAGGUGCUCUUAUAUUAGUCAAUAAACUUGACAGAGAAACUCAAGAUUCAUACGUGCUAGGCCUAGCAGCAGUCGAACAGGGAAAAGUGUUGUCAUAUAAUCAAAAUAAAACGUCUGUAACCGUAUUUGUGACUGUAGCAGAUGCCAACGAUAAUGCACCUUUAUUUAAUCUGAGUGAUUUUAAUUUAUCAGUCAGUGAAAAUGUUAAAAUUGGUCACACAUUAACUCAUAUGGCAGCAACGGAUGCGGAUUUAUUUGGUACACCUAACUCAGCUGUUAUUUAUAACAUCACUUCUGGAGACGACGAAAAAUUGUUUUACAUACAUCCAUCUACAGGUCUUUUGUCAGUAAAUAAAAUACUUGACUACGAUAUUGGAAACCCUAAGUAUAAGCUUAUUAUAGUCGCCUGCGAUCAAGGUAAACCAUGUUUGUGUAGUGCAGCGUCCAUAGAAAUAGAUAUACUUGAUGAAAAUGAUAACGCACCCACAUUCCCUGUGUCCGAAUAUUUUGAGACCAUCGGUGAAAAUGAAAGAGUUGGUACUUCUGUGUUUUCGGCUAGAGCGACCGAUUUAGACAAAGGAAAAUAUGGAACAUUAAAUUAUUCUAUUUUACCAAGUACAACAAACUAUAAUAGAAAUGAUGAUUCUUGGAAAAUGUUCCAAAUAGACUCGUUUUCAGGAUUGGUAAACUCUAACGCUGUUUUUGAUUAUGAACAGAAAAACAAAUAUGAAUUUUCUAUCAAAGCUUCUGAUGUUGGAGGCAAGAGCUCUACUGUAAAAGUAAGAAUAGAUGUGGAAAGUCGUGAUGAAUUUUACCCACAAUUUACCCAAAAAACUUACAACUUUGGAGUUCCGAAAUCAGGCUCCUUACCAAUGGGUUAUGUUAUAGGUCAAGUCACUGCAACAGAUAAAGACAAAGGUAUUGACGGUCGCAUUGCUUAUCAAUUAUCCACUUCACAUUCAUAUUUCAAAAUAAACAGGACUACGGGUGUCAUCAUUUUGAAGAAAAAAGUUGAUUCAGUACAAAAUUUAUUUGGAACUGAUAAAUCCAUAAGCUUGGUGGUGACUGCGAGUUCUGGAAGGCAGGGUUCGUUAACUAAUAAGACUGCUGUAGAAAUAUUGCUUGAUCCACUAGCAGCAAUAUCUGGUAAUACUAAUUUAGUGAACGAUACAUCAGUCGCUCAAAGCAGUGGACUAUCAGAUUGGGCAUUAGGAUUACUUAUUGCAUUUAUAUUUAUAAUAAUUAUAUUUGCUGCAGCAUUCUUGUUUCUCCAUAUGAAGAACAAAAGGCACAAGAAAGUAAAUAAGCCAGGUUUGAAUUCUGAAGGUGUAGGUGCGACAAAUAGCUACGUUGAUCCUAGUGGUUUCGAUACAAUUCCAAUAAGAAACACGGGUCCUGUAAAUGCAGGAAACCAGUUUGCCCCACCUAAAUACGAUGAAAUCCCUCCAUAUGGUGCCCAUACUGCUAGUUCUAACUCUGGUGCUGCCACCACUUCUGAACUCUCUGGAUCUGAGCAAUCGGGGUCUAGUGGUAGAGGAUCAGCUGAAGAUGGGGAAGAUGGCGAAGAUGAGGAAAUUAGAAUGAUAAAUGAAGGUCCCCUACAAAGAGAUUCGGGCAUGCAUAGACAAGCUAAUGGAGUAGACGAUGAUAAUCUCUCCGAUGUUUCAGUGCAUAAUACUCAAGAGUAUCUAGCAAGACUUGGUAUAGUGGAUACAAAUACAGGUGGUGGAGCCUCAACAUCCUCUAGAAGGUGUUCGGAGAACGUUGGUAACAAAGAAACGAUGUUACAUCACGGACCAAUAGAUUCGAUGCAUAUUUUCGACGAAGACGGAGCUCACGAAAAUGACAUAACAAAUCUCAUUUAUGCAAAGUUAAAUGAAGUAACUGGUAGUGAAAGAGCAAGUAGCGCAGACGAAGCUAGCGCAGCUGUGGAUAGAGCUAUGGCUUUGGGAGCGUUCCCGAGUGCUCCAGGAGAAAGUACCGCUGUACCCACUGCUGGUCCUUCUAUGACAGGAAGUCUGAGCUCUAUUGUACACUCUGAAGAAGAGCUGACAGGUAGCUACAACUGGGAUUAUCUUCUUGACUGGGGGCCUAGAUAUCAACCGUUAGCUCAUGUGUUUUCUGAAAUAGCACAUUUAAAAGACGAUGCCGUUUCGCUUCAAAGUGGUAACAGUGGUGCAUCUAGUGCUAAAAGCAAAGGAACUUCUAUAUCUGCUGGAAAAAGUGUACCGCCACCUCUAUUAACGACGGUUGCUCCUAGAAGUUGUCCAGCCCCUUCGCUGUCUUGUAGGCAACCGCAACAUUUGUUACCGAGGUCGCCAAUAAGUCACGAUGUUCCUGGCGGAUUCUCUGCCGCUGCAGCCAUGUCUCCGUCAUUUUCACCAUCAUUAUCACCUCUUGCUACGAGGUCUCCUUCUAUGUCUCCUUUAGUAGGACCAGGGUUACCACCUGCUCCAGUCAACAGAAAACCUCCGCAUUCAACUAUGAGGAUAUGA